AUGGCAACUCCACCCCCCGAGGGGGCUUCAGUUCUCAAGGAGGAAAAGCCUCACACGACGCCGGUCUUGACUGAUGUGUCGGUUGAUUCUGCAGUCAACAGAUCGCCUGACUCGCUCCCAAAUGGGAAGGCAGAUUUACAAGAAAAGCAGGUCAAUGCUACAGUCAAUGAUGCUGCUGUGAGCGUCAAAGAGCUGUCUCCUGCAGUGAAUGGGCACAGUGCCAGCCAGACGCCACUCCCAAAUGGCGCCACAGUGAAGGACGAAGCUCUCGCAUCUGACUCGUCUUCCAAAUCUCCAGCAACGGGUGCUCAGCCUUCCUUGGGCGAAGUCUCGUCGGCUCAGCCCGUCUCUCGGACAACCGACGCCACCUCAGAAACACCGGCAGUUUCCGUGGAUCCUGGGGUUAAUAACCCCCCCACUAACUCUCCAGAUUCAAAAUCUGCAGAACCCUCAAACAACCUUGCUGCAUCGGACGACGCGAUGACAGAGAACGGCCCCGCCUUGCAAGCCGCGCCCUCGGCAGAAUCAACCUCUGCUGAUGUCAUCAUGCAAGACUCAGAACAAAACCCUCAGCAAGACGCGUCUACGACCCUCCCUCAUCAUCCUUCAUCAACCACUAAGCCUGACUCUUCUUCUGAGACUUUGACCAGCAAGGAGGCAACUGAGUCUGUUUCACGCCCUGCUGAUCAGGCCAUGACGGACGCGCAACCUUCUCCAGUUAAGGUGCAGAGAGAGCGGGAUGUUGAUCCAGGCGAGGAGCCUGCAGCUAAGCGAACCAAAACCAACGGCGACGCGCCUGAGGCGUCCACGUUCAAAGUUCCUGAUGCCCCUACGACUACAAAUCCGCCGGCUGAACCCUCGGCAGAGGGUUCAAGUAUUACUAAGGUGCAGCACAAGUUCCUGACGAAGUGCAUCACCAGCCUGAAACGCAUGCAUGAUGCUCGUUUCUUCAGAGAGCCCGUCGAUCCUGUCAAGAUGAACAUCCCCACCUACCCCUCGAUCAUCACUCGUCCUAUGGACCUCUCGACUAUUGAGAAGAAGCUCAAGGGCGGUCAGUAUGAAACUGUUGACGCCUUGGUCGAUGACUUCAACUUGAUGGUCCAGAAUGCGGUGACGUUCAACGGUCCUGAACACCUCGUGAGUCAGGAGGGACUGCGGCUGAAGGCCACCUUCGAGAAGCAGAUGGCGAAUCUUCCGAAGCCUGAUGAGGUGGAGGAGAAGAAACCAAAGAAGGGUGCGGCGGCCAAAGCCCCUGCUGCGCGCCGUGAAUCACGGUCCACCGGUGGCCAGACCGCCCAGCGGCAGAACGCCACCUCGCCGCAAAGCACCACCUUCGCCCUGGGACCCGAGGGCCUGCCGCUGAUUCGUCGCGACUCCACGAAUGCGGACGGUCGCCCCAAGCGUUCCAUUCACCCACCCAAACGCGAUCUGCCAUAUGCUUCCAAGCCGAAGAAGAAGAAAUAUCAAUGGGAGCUGAAGUUCUGCCAGGAGGUCCUGGAUGAGCUCCAUAAGCCGAAAUACUACAAUAUCGCGGCGCCUUUCUACUAUCCUGUCGACCCUGUCGCUCUGAACAUCCCGACUUACCAUAAUAUCAUCAAGAAGCCUAUGGACCUGUCGACUGUCCAGACCAAGCUCAAGACCGGUCAGUACGAGAAUGCCAAGGAAAUGGAGGUUGACAUGCGUCAGAUCUUCAAGAAUUGCUUCAAAUUCAACAUCCCUGGAGACCCCACUUACAUGGCUGGCAAGAAGCUUGAAGAGGUCUUUGAGGCUAAGUGGGCUCAAAAGGCUCGUUGGCUUGAGAUGCAUGAUCCCAAUGCGGGCCAUCACAGUGCUUCUUCCGAUGAGGAGAGCGAGGACGAGGCAGAAGACAGCGAUGAUGACGCCGAUCAGGAGAAAUUGCAAAUGCUUCAGAGGCAGAUCGCAGAGAUGUCGAAGCAGGUCGAGGCCAUCACCGCGAAAAAGAAAAAGACACCGCCCGCCUCGAAGAAAUCCGGCAAAUCUAAGACAGGCAAGAAGGAUUCCAAGAAGGGACUGAGCAAGAAAGACAAGAAAGUCUCGAAGAGUGGGAAACCUGAAAAGCAGCAUUGGGUUACGUAUCAGGAGAAGCAGAUCAUCUCCAACGGUAUCAGCAGUCUUCCAGACAAGAAAAUGCAGGAGGCUCUCAAGAUCAUCCAGAACAACGUUCCAUCUCUAAAGGGUAUCCAAGAGACCGAGAUUGAGCUUGAUAUUGACGAGCUGCCUAACGAAGUUCUGGUGAUGCUUCUGAAGUUCGUCAAGAAGAACGCCCCGCAUGUUCUUGAAGAAGAAGAGCAACCAGCGCCGCCUCCUGUUCCGUCAGCAGUUUCGUCUAAGCCCAAGAAGAACAAACCCAUGAGCAAGUAUGAACAGGAAGCUCAGAUUAACAUGCUUGAGGGUAGCCUGUCACGAUUCCAGGGAGCUGCAGCCCGUUCUCCAGACCCAGUGCCUUCCGUUGAGAACAAUGUCGAAAGCAGUGAUGACUCAGACGACGACUCGGAAGAAAGCGAAGAGGAGUAA